AUUGGCCGGGGUGCCCGGGUCCGUGGCGGCGAGGCGCCGGCGUCGUAGAGCGGAGCCCGGAGCUUUCGGAGUGCGAGGCCAGAUGUCAUAGGAUGAAGGCUGUUGGUGAGCUGCUGAUUUAUAUAUUUUCCACCUAUCUCCUGGUUAUGUUUGGAUUUAACGCUGCCCAAGACUUCUGGUGUUCAACUCUGGUGAAAGGAGUUAUUUAUGGAUCCUAUUCUGUAAGCGAGAUGUUCCCCAAAAACUUUACCAACUGCACUUGGACGCUGGAAAAUCCAGAUCCAACCAAAUACAGUAUUUACCUGAAAUUUUCCAAGAAGGACUUGAGCUGCUCCAACUUCUCCCUGCUGGCUUACCAGUUCGAUCAUUUUUCCCAUGAGAAGAUAAAGGAUCUGCUCAGAAAGAACCAUUCUAUCAUGCAGCUCUGUGAUUCCAAGAAUGUGUUUGUGUUUGUACAAUACGAUAAGAAUUUUAUCCAGAUUCGCCGGGUCUUCCUGAGCGGUUUCCCAGGAUUACAGAGGAAAGGAGAGGAGGAUCAAAAGUCUUUCUUUGAGUUCCUGGUGUUGAACAAGGUGAGCCCCAGCCAGUUUGGGUGCCAGGUCCUGUGCCUCUGCCUGGAGAGCUGCCUGCGGUGGGAGAACAGCCGGGUGGAGUCCUGCGGAGCCAUGUAUACCAACUGCUCCUGCCCCCAGCACCUGGGCAAGCUGGGCGGCAACCACCAGGCCUAG